AUGUUUGGGGUUGGAGGGCUCGGGUACAACGCAACACAGGGUGUCGUACGAGCCUAUGCGAGAUUGUUACUCGACAUCCAGAAACCUUUCGCUCAGCAAAAGACGUCACAGUUUCAGGCCAUGAAAAAAGCCUUGGUGAAAAAAUACCCUAUUUUUCAUCAAUACGAGGGCGCAUGGAUCAUCUUGUCGAUGACAACAGUGGUUCUCAAGGGCAGCUCAAAGCAGUGGCGAAAGGACCAGAAAUUGCUGCCCAAAACCAUUGCUCAUUGUGAGCGCACGUGCAAGCACAUCAAGAGUCUUGCCAAGAAGGACAGUGAUGACGACAUGGCACUGGAGGAUGUCGAAGUUGAUUUAGAUGAAAAUGAGGAGGCAAAUGUUGACGACAGCGGUGCGCCAUCGAACACCACAGCGCCACCAGCCGAGGAGCCCCUGAGACGCAGGCACAAGUGUGGCCCUGCUCCAGGCUACAAGAAGGCUGGACCCACUGAUGCAAACCCUGCGUUGACCAAUGGAGAGUCUUCUACAACUAACACCCAGCCAGCUACAGCACCCCAGGCUGGAUCCACAAACGCAAACCCCAUGUCGACCAAUGGCAAGUCUUCCACAGCUAACCUGCAGCCAGCCAGCACCACCAUGACCGUACAGCCUGCGAUCCCCAUAGAACCCAUCGUGGCUGCCAAACCCAACAACACAACCAUUCAGCCCAUUGUUUCAACGACCACACCUGCCGCCACCUCCUCUAGCCUGGUCCCUGCAGAGUCGCUUAUCUCCGCCGCCACGGAGGGUGAGACUGCUGCCCCCACCAAACCACCAAACCCACAGUCGAGGGGCAAGCAGACGACAGACAACACUUCAGCGGCUGAAGCUGUUACUGUAGCACCGGAAACUCCUGCCGAGGCUAUAAACAGCAAGGCAGCUGCCACCACUAAAUGCAGACCAGGACGACCCAGGGCAACAGGUGUGAAGGCGAAAGAUGACAAACCCAAGCAGAAGAAAGCUGUCCAGCCCAAGGAGAAGAAAUUGACCAAUGGCGUGCCAAGGCCCCAGAGGAAUACUCGAAGUAGGCCAGCAGUUGACAAGGGCGACCAGGUGACGUUAAACACCAACAAGAAGCGACAAAAUGAUGACGCCGACACGACAAAUGAUAGCCAAGCUUCCAAGAAACAGCACAUCGACAAGGAAAUGUGCCCAUGGGAUGGCUGCCUGGCUAUCCCAGAGAAAGAAACGCGAACACCCAAUCUGCAGGCAGCGCUCGACAAACUAGGCCAAGGACAGAACAUCGAUGCUGAUCAGAAGGACAGGUUACAGCAGAAAGUGCACAAUGAGUUGCGAGCAAUGGUGGCUGAAAUCCCAGAGCAGCUGGGCUGGCCAAUGGAUGUCACCUUCGAGAACAUGCCCGAGCGUGUCAAGAAUCUCAAAGACGCGAUGUAUCACUUGAUGGAUAACCACAUUAGGGGCGCAACUGCAAGAAAUGUGGCUGAUUGGGGGGAGGAGGGGCUUCGGGACGUCAUCAAAGACAAUGCCCACAGCGGGUAUUAUGGCCCCAGGGGUUCCAAGAUCAUCGAAGAGGCAUUCUAUGCCCUUUUCAAGGCCAAAGACAUUCGUGGGCUUCUCGCUGGGACCCUUGACAAUAUAAUUUCCGAUGGGCUCAAGGAGGUGUCCGUGGGAGGAGUCGACCGAAAGUGGUGGCUUGGUCUUCGAGGAUUGGACCUAACAGAUCAGCAAUUUCUUGAUGUUCUGCUCGUGCCCCAUGUCGCCAACAUCCUGAUCAUGGAGGAUAUGCAAGACAAGGAAACUGAAGCCGAUGGACUGCACAGAAAGCCUGCCGACUACGGGCGCAUCUUUCACGAUAUACUCAAGCCAAAUAACAUUGCUAGGACCAAUGAGCCCUUGCGUUUCGGGCGCAAAAUGUCCUUGAACAGAAAGAACAAUGCCACGGGCUCCACGUAA